AUGGGAGCCACAGAACACACAAGUCAUCAUAGAGAUCCAUUACCUAAUCACGACUCUAAUGAUUACACUUAUCAACAUUCAAGCGGUUACAUCCUGGUCAACUCCACUUAUCAAAAACAUUAUUGGUACUAUUUCCAACAAGCUGCAACUAAUCCAAUUGAACGACCACUGAUCUUGUUCUUGAAUGGAGGUCCAGGUUGUUCAUCAAUGGAAUAUUUUGGAAGUGGCAUUGGAAAUGUCAAUGUUUCAACUGAUGGAAAGCUCGCAAUGGAAGAUAACUACUAUUCAUGGAAUAGGUUUGCAAAUGUUAUUUAUUUGGAUGCUCCAGCUGGUGUUGGUUACAGUUACGCAAAUGACACCAGUGUUUAUAAAGUGAAUUCUGAUGCACAAACAGCAGCAGAAACAAGAUCUUUCCUCAUUGAAUUCCUAAACCAUUAUUCCAAGUUCAGAAAUAAUGAGGUUUACAUUUCUGGAGCUAGCUAUGGUGGAAAAUAUGUUCCAGCUUUGGCAAAACUCAUCUUGGAAGAAAAUCUAAAGGGUGAAUUCGUCAUUAACUUGAAAGGAAUCACACUUGGUAAUCCCUUAAUUCAUUGGCAACAAUCAUUUAUCUCAUCAUCCAAUUACUAUGCCUCUGUGGGAAUGAUUUCGAAAGAAUUACUUGUAGAAGCUGCUUCAAUUUGUGGAUGGAACGAUCCAGAUAAUUGGUUGGUUACUCACUCUGGCAAUCAAGAAUGCACUGACAAAUGUAUGACUAUCUAUACUCAAGCUCAUUCUGGAAUUAAUAUUUUUAACUUGUUUAAGGAUACAUGUAACAAUAAUAAUUUGAAUAGCCUUGCUUGUUAUGGAGAACAUUUGAAGAAGUAUAUGAAUUUGGAAUCUGUUCAAUCCUUCUUCAAGCUGAGAAGUAAGGUGGAUUGGGAUGCUUGCUAUCCAAGAAAUGGUUUCGAAUAUGGAAAGGACGAAUUUGUAAAUGGUCUUCCAGCACUUCAAUAUCUUCUCGAUAGGAAGAAUUUCAAAACUUUGAUUUAUACUGGAGAUAUGGAUGGAUCUACUCCUGUCGUGGGAUUCUAUGAUGUUUUUGCUAAGGCAAAUGGAUUGACUGUUCAAGCAAAUCUCACAACUUGGUCUGUUGAUUAUCAAGUUGCUGGUAGAAAGACAGUUUACAGUAAUGGAUUGACAUAUGCAACAGUUAGAGGAGCAGGUCAUAUUGCUCCACUCGAUCAACCAGCUAGAGUUUAUGCUUUGGUUUCAAACUUUAUUCAAAAUGGUGUCAUUCCUGAUUCGAUUCUUCUACCAGAACUUCCAGAACCAGAUCAGAUCAAUACUCCAGAAGUCAUUGCCCUGAAAACUCUCUCCGUUUUAUUCAUUUUUCUGACCAUUAUCCUUACCAUUGUUGUCAUUGUUUUGGCUGUCUGUUUGGGACGCCAAUGUUCGAAAGUUAGAAAGGCAGGCGACUUUUUAAAGAGCUCUCAAAUUCUAUUGGUUUCAGAUACUAACAAGGAACUAUUAUAA